AUGUCUAAGCCCAAAAACGGAGACGAAAGACCUACGACGUCGAAAGCAGCAGCAGCGGCCAGUGAAAUUGCCAAGACGCACCUCAUAGUGGCACUCACUGUCCGUAGUGACCAGCUGGGGCGAAUAUCGCAGGAACGAUGGAAGGUAGUGGAAAUGAAGCUACUGGAAACCCUGUUUACGAAAAUGGACGCAGAGCCAAGCGCACCCAUGCCAGCAUUCGACGGAGUAGGGUGGUUCAGCGGCGUCAAAAUUAUAAAAUGUAAGGAUGACCCCACGCUCACAUGGCUAAAGGAAGCAGUAAAAAUGCUUCAAGGCCUGUGGGAGGGGGCAUCACUACAAAUUGUUGAUCGCAGCUGCAUUCCCUCAAUACCGAAGGCAAAGGUUUUCAUUCCGCGCGUGGUAAAACCGGAAAAUGCACUGCGGCUAUUACGAAGACAAAAUACGGACGUGCCGACAGACGACUGGAAAGUGUUGAGCGUGGCAAAACCAGCAACUGCUGAUGGAGGCUAG